AGAAAAAUAUAAUAAAGACUGCCCAAAUUACCAUUAAACGCACAUAAAACGCCACAGCACACGAUCCUACAAAGAAUGACAAUUAUGCGUUCAUUGUCAACAGAGCGUACGCCUACAACAGCAGUGGCGCGUACGCGACAGCAGCAACAAUUUUGCUUACCAUCAGUUGCAAAAAAUCAAAACAAACAACAACAAUGCGCAUGUAAAAAUGUGCGCCACAACAACAACAACAACAGCACUGAGUCGCCAAUUAGCAUUUAUGCACCACCACCUACGGCAUGCUCCAACCAGAAGUUCCUAUUAAUUUUGUUCCUUAGCGCUGCGGUCUUUUUGCUUACCGGAAACGGUUUGCCCACAGUCACUGCAGCUAUAAAUGGGCGCACCGAACCCGGUGAGUGUCGUAGCAUUGAUGUGCGUAACGAUUGUGACAGUCUCAAGCAAUUACAUAACUGUACAAUCAUACGUGGCUUUCUAUGGAUUGUCCUUACGUCGCCGGUGCAUUAUAAAACGAAAGAACUGUGCAAUUAUGAGAAUUAUACAUUUCCACUAUUGCGUGAAAUCACCGAUUAUCUGAUAUUUCACGAAGUGCGCGGAUUGCGUAGCAUACGUAAUCUCUUUCCGAACUUGGCUGUGAUACGUGGACGUCGGCUGUUUCUGAACUAUGCUCUUGGUAUUACGGCAAUGCCCGAUUUGGAAGUGCUGGAAUUUCCUUCAUUACUAGCGAUACAACGUGGCCACAUUUACCUAAACAACUGUCCGAAGCUCUGCAAUUUAGACAAGAUUGAUUUUGAUCGCCUCACCUUGUCAGUGGGUGAAAAUCAUAUUUACCCCAUGGCGUCGGAUGAUUGUCAGAAAACUGUUUGCCAAAACUGUGUUACGGAGCAUUGCUGGUCGAAUAAUGUUUGUCAACGUUUUGAGAAUGAUAAUCUCAUCGAUGCCGGAAAAGGUAUUCAGCAUUGUCACAGUGAGUGUCUCGGCGGCUGCCACAAUAGUUCAAGUGACGGUUGUUAUACAUGCAAAAAUCGACGGGAUCACGGUAACUGCGUCAAGGAGUGUCCACCGGAUAAAUAUUUAUUGGAACUUGAUCAAACCUGUCACUCAGCGGCCGAGUGCGUGACACUUUUUAAUAUGACCGUAAAGGACAACAAGUGUCUGUUAGAUUGUCCGGAAGGUUCGGUAUUUGGUAUCAAUGGACGUGAAGCAAAGGAUUGCAUACCAUGCGAUAUGGACAAACGCGAUAUCUAUCCCAUAUACAAUUUGGCCGAUGCCGAUCGUCUGCGCGGCUGCAAAAUUCUCAACGGGAGCAUAAUCAUAACCAUACGUAAUAAGAUAAACGAAGAUGAUUUAGUGCAUAGUUUGAGUAAUUUACGUGAGAUACAUGGCCAUUUGAAAAUUAUCGGUUCCGACGGUCUUACGAGUCUAAAGUUCCUAAACGGGCUGCAGAAGAUUGCCGUCAAUCCGGAGGCGUUGGAAACCGGUUUGUACGGACUCGUUCUAUAUGAUAAUGAGAAUUUGAGAGAUUUAUGGCAACCGGAGAAGAAUCUCGAAAUAGUUCAUGGCAGUAUGUAUGUGCACCUGAAUAAGAAGUUAUGCAAUCGUAAAUUGCGUGAAUUCACGCGAAAAGUGCGCCACGAUGUCUUGAAGGAUGCAUUACAAACCAACGAUCAGGAGGUGUUGUGUGAUCCCGCAAAACUGACUUUGGACAUUGAGAUAUUAUCUCAACGCUCAGCAAAAUUCAGCUGGCCAAAGGAGCAAACAUCUAGUGAAGUGGAAAUCAUGUACCGUCCAAUCGCAGCGAAUGCGGAGUUUGUAGAACACAGCGAGCUCGAUACACCCAUCUGUAAGAGACUCCAAUGGACUCGGGUGCUCACCUUUCCGAAAGAAUUGCAGAGCAAUGCAACACACUACAGUUAUAUCGCGAACGAUUUGAAACCAAAGACACGCUACGCAUGUCUGGUGAAAACUUUUGGAUUCGCGGACAUACACGAUACAAGAAGUGAUUUGACAUACAUCACCACCAAAGUGGAACUGCCGGCGCCACCAACAAUCAAUAUCACACGGAGAACGGACACCUCACUCACAAUACAAUUGCAACAUGCAGAAGACGAAGUCGUUAGUCAAUAUGUACUCGAUAUAUACGACCAGCCCGACAAUGAGGUGUUAUUGGAUCAUCGUGAUUUCUGCACACAGCCAAGUUACAUGUAUCACGACAAGCAAAUUAUCAACGGCGAUGAGGAUGAGGAUGCUUGUUGCCUGCGUAAGGAAGAAGAAGCCGACGAUCAACGCUUCCUACACAAUAUGCGUGAACUCUUCGCGUGUAAUUCGGAUCAGCUGGAAAAUUGCGCGCCCGACACCAGUGUGGCCGAUGCGCCACCCGGUACGGUUACGCCGCUAAGAGCAAUGCUUAGAAUGUAUUUGGAUGCGGCGUCGGGCAAUGCGACAACCAUAUCGAAGCUCAAACGUUUUCGCCUGUACACGCUACAGGUGCAGUCCUGCAAUGAAGCAGGUUGUGGUGCAUACGCUUUCCAAUCGACACGCACAAACUUUUCCAUUGGUGGUGAUCGUUUGGAAUCGCUGAUGGGUUGUCGUGUUAGCGGUCUAAAUGAGUUUCACGUGUACUUUCCCGAACCGCAACAGCCGAACGCUGUAAUCACCUCAUAUGUGGUGCAUUUCCGUCAAAAGCAACCAGACAGUGAUACGUACAAAACACACAUCGAGUGCGUGACACGUUCACAACACUCGUAUAAUAAUUUCCAAUUGAUUGCACAGUUAGAUACGCCCUACAAUGAGGUGGCGGUGCGUGUUUACUCAUUAGCAGGUGGCUUCUUCACCACUUGGAUGCCGAUCACUAUAUGUCCCUUUAAUUCGGCUGUUGUGAAAAUGGGCGCUGUGACAGAACACCCCAAGGGCUAUGCUGGCAAGGUGUUUAUGGUGUGCUUCAUGUUCGGUGUGGGUACCUUCAUUGCGUGGGCUUGUGUGAAAUGGGGUUGGUGGCGUUGGCGUAGAAUCGAACAAUUUCGCCGUGAUCUCUCACGUGUGUGGAAUGCGCAAACGCGACGUCGCGAUGAUGCGGAUCAAUCACUUGUUGAAUAUCGCAAUAUUCCCGAGGAAGAACGUUUGGAGAAUUCUGGAUAGUUCAGCCCAGCUUUUAGAAAUAAGUAUGUGUAAGGUGUGUUUUUUAAAUUUAAAGAAAUUAUUUGUUGUGUCAUAUUCUUGUUUUUUUUUAGUUGGAUAAUCCAAGUAUUAUAAAUAUUAAAAAAUCUGUGUCUUUGUUUAUUUUAUUGUAAGUGUGAUAUCGUGUAUUAUUUUGUAAUUUUAGUAUAUUGUAUGCACAUUUCAAAGUAUAAAUGAUUUAAGUUCAUAGAAAUAUUUAUGUUUAAAAUAAUAGGCUCAUGGCCAAUUGAAACAAAAA